CUACACACUCCAUCACACACACACACCGACAUAAACUGACCAGAGCUACGAGUAGGCUAUAUUAUUUACACACUGCGUGUCCAAAAGGGCACAGCUGCAGGCACAGCAAAACAUUUGCAGGAAUGAUACUGGACAACUGCCAGACACCAAAAUCUUGGUGCAUAGCCUGCACAUGGAGAAAAACCGACGCUAAUAGGUGGUCUGCCCCGGGGAGCCUUCAGCAAACAGCCCGAUGGACGAGGACACACCGUGCUGUUUACACUGAAACGCGCUAAACGCAGAACAACAGACGAGCGGAAAUGUUUCCCCGCAUCUGUGUCUUAAUCCGACGCAUCUGAAGUGAGGCAGAGAGAGAGAGAUGACGCUGUGUUUCAUGAUGCAUCGGAGCACCGUCAUGCCUAAUUUUCUUUAAUGAAGCGAUUUUGUCUUUAUUUACUGUACAUUCGCGGUGUCCUGCAGUAAGUCUAAAGCCUUACGAGGAGAAUGAAAGCGUCGGUAUUUGUCGUGGUCAUGUCCUCGGUUUUAUUUAAUCCCAGUUUUGCCUUCAGUUCGCAUUUCGAUCCAGGUGGCUCCCCGCUGAGUGAGCUGUCAUGGCCAUCCUCUCUGGCAGUGGUGGCUGUCUCCUUCUCUGGCCUCUUCAUGUUUGUCUUCCUCAUGCUCGCCUGCCUGUGCUGCAAGAAAAGGGACAUCAGCUUCAAGGAGUUUGAAAAUACAGAGGGGGAGGAGGGCCAAGCUAACCUUUCCACUUUAGCCUCCCCCAGCUCUCAGAACGACCCUGAGGUUUAUAUCCUGCCUCUCACGGAGGUCUCACUACCUGUGUCCAAACAGCCCGGCAAGUCAUUUCAGCUCCUGAAGUCUACAGACCUCGGACGCCACAGCCUCCUCUACAUAAAAGAAAUGGGACAUGGCUGGUUUGGCAAGGUGUUGCUCGGGGAGGUGAAUGCUGGACUCAGCACUACACAGGUGGUGGUUAAGGAGCUGAAGGCCAGUGCCAGUGUACAGGAGCAGAUGCAGUUCCUGGAAGAAGUCCAACCUUACCGGGUGCUCCAGCAUCCAGCCCUCCUGCAGUGUCUGUCCCAGUGUUCAGAAGUCACGCCCUACCUGCUGGUUAUGGAGCACUGUCCCCUGGGUGAUGUUAAAGGAUACCUACGAAGCUGUCGGGCCACAGACUCAGUGACCCCUGACCCUUUGAUCCUUCAGCGGAUGGCUUGCGAGAUUGCUUCUGGUCUUCUGUACCUUCACAAACACAAUUACAUUCACAGUGACCUGGCCCUUAGGAACUGCCUGUUGACCUCAGAGCUGGCAGUGAAAAUUGGAGACUAUGGCCUCAGCCACAGUAAGUACAAGGAUGACUAUUAUGUAACAGCAGAUCAAAUAUGGGUUCCUCUACGCUGGAUUGCCCCAGAACUUAUCGAUGAAGUCCACGGCAAUCUCUUAGUUGUGGACCAAACCAAGGAUAGCAAUGUCUGGUCACUUGGUGUGACAAUAUGGGAGUUGUUUGAACUGGGGAACCAGCCUUACAGGCACUAUUCUGAUAGGCAGGUUUUAACAUAUGCUGUAAAGGAACAACAGCUCAAACUGCCAAAGCCCCUGCUGAAAGUGCCUCUGUGCGAACGCUGGUAUGAGGUAAUGCAGUUCUGUUGGCUGCAGCCUGAGCAGAGACCUGUCGUGGAGGAAGUCCAUCUACUGCUAAGUUAUCUGUGUGCUAAGGGUACCACUGAGGCUGAGGAGGACUUUGAGCAGCGCUGGAACUCUCUCAGGCCAAGUCUGGGCUCUAACAGCUCUCACAGGACACCUGUACCUGAAGUAGCUUCUUCCACUUCCUCUUCAUUUCCUCUACUUGAACACUUCUCAAUGGCAGACAGCUUCCAGUCUGAGAAUGGUGACGACAUAUUGACAGUAACUGAGACCAGCCAUGGGCUCAACUUUGAGUAUAAAUGGGAGCAGGCACAAGCUGAGCAGCCCUACUGCUCCUCUUCAGCUAGUGGACCAUUGGGAAAGAAUAAUCCCCACUACCAGGAUGUUUAUUACCCUCAUAGCAAAUCCACAGGUAGCUGUAAGGGCGAGAGCCUCCCUCUCGGAGUCUCUCCAUCCUACUAUGAGUCUGACCAUCCAGGGGUGGUUCCAGUGCUGAGUGCACACAGCCCCUCAGUAAGUAGUGAGUACUACAUCCGCAUUGAGGAACCAGUUGAGUGCAACAUCAACUUAGAAGACACCAAUCUUGAUUACAGCCCAAGAGUUGAAGCCAGCAACAGCAGCUUGUCUUCAAUGGACAGGAGGAGCCCAAUUGAGUCUCUGCCAAACACCUACUGGUCAGCAGCUAAAGAAUCCAUCAGUAAUGAUUAUGAUUCAGACAGUAGCCUAAACAUGGAGCCACUCCAAAGAAGAGUUUCAAACUCGGUAGAGACUGACCAGUCAGAAACCCAUUUUUCUUCUAAUGACAGGCACAAUUUACAGUGUGAACAGUCACCUCAAGCAGGGCCAGAUGUUCAUUUGAUAAGAGAGUAUGGUCAGCAGCAGAGAGGGUCGGGAAGUCUCUGCCAUAGACUUGAGGCAGUACAGGAAAGCCCACUUGGCAUUUCAGUCUCUCUUAGUAGUCCCAGCUUGGCAUAUUGUGAUCCAUACCUUGAAUCUAACCAGAGAACCGCAGAAAGUACGGCCAACGAGGCCUAUUAUGACAUGAUGGGCCCUGUUCAAAAGAAUGUUCCUAGACCCCACUACAUGAGUAUUGAUAUUGAUGCCGGUGAUGGCCUUCUUUUGGGCAUGGGGAGUGCCAAUCCAGAAGAAGAUGAUGAUGAUGAUGAUCUGUUUUCUCAGAACAUGUUGACUAACUGGAACUCCAACCACUCAGCAAACAACAACAGUUUAAGCGAUCGUACGCAAGGUGUGGGAUUUCGAGAUGCAUAUCUUGAUUUACGUCAUCCAACACCCUCUUCUCAUGUCGGAAAUUUUAAAUCAAGAGAAUUGGAAACAAGCAACAGUUGUACAUAUAAUUAUGCAGAUUCUCUCAAAGUCCACUCAUAUUUGGAAGCCACAGAUAGUACACCCACCACUAGCAACCCUCACACUGACGCAGAGGGUGGUGAGUACCUACAUUUAUGCCCUGAAGGUACUCAGGAUGUUGAAUCAUCUUCCAAAUGUCAUUCUGUCACAGAAAGUCAGCAUAUUUAUACACGGCAGAAGAACAUUGCUCAUAAACAUAUCAAAAACAAUACAUCAGAAUUACAUGUAGGAGGUUACAGCAGAAUGAAUCCAUCAACUCUUCCAACGGAUAUUGUAGUGACUAAAGACAAAAUGUUACUCGAGACAAGGAUAUCCCCUGCACAAAAAAUUAAACUUGGGACAGAUGGUUCUGCUGGAGUGUUUGUAAAAAUGGAUCUGUCUAAGAGUGUCUCAGAGUGUAACCUUUUGACAGACAGCAGGAUGGUGCCCAACAACUCUAGUAUCAGUCUGGUGGAAAUUAAUGACUGCACUGACAUCCCCUCUGGAGUUAUUACAGAUUACCCCUUGGACUACGCAGAGGUGGGCAAUAUUGAAUUGACUCACAGAGCGUUACAGAGGGAGACUGGGUCCAGACACUGUGAGGACACAAUAAAUCUUGCCUCUAGCAGCAGUCCAUGUGAGGCCUUCAGUCCUGAUAGUUAUCACACACCCAUUCAGCCGAAAUCCCUAGACAGUGGCUAUGACACAGAGAACAACGAAUCCCCAGAGUUUAUCUUGAAAGACCUUGAAGGGAAUCCAGCCCUUAGCACCAGUGUAGAAUCAGAUGAGUGUGACAUGGUGCUCCAGAUGGACCUAGAUGAUGAUGUCGAUGUAAUGCUCCUACAUCCACCCAGCAGUCAUCCACCACUGAUCAGCCUUGGUGAGAGGAAUCAGUACAGAGACUCUGCUUAUUUUUCUGACUAUGACACGGAGAAUGACAAGAGCCCCAGUGUAGGGGGAAGCAACUUUUUCAAUUGCCAAGACGAGGAGGAUGUCUUUAGACUCGAAGCAGAAAAGACCGUUGGGAAAGAAGGACAUUGCAUGGAGAGUGAGAGGGGAAGUAACAUCUCUGUGCCAAAGGACAACAAUUCAGCCCUUCAUACUAAACAAUUGUGUCUUAAGACAAAUCCAAAUCUGUGUUCAUCACCUACAUUGGUGCCAAUGAUUUCCAUGCUUUCUCCCUUUCCUCCAGAGAUGGGGGGAUGCUUGACCAAGGAGUCAACUCCAGAUGAUGGUAUUGGGCUGGAAUCUGAUCAUUCUGGAGAGGAACCAAACUCUGAAUGCCAUUCUUCCACAGUGUCGGAAGGUUCCUCCACGACACAGGAGGCCUCGGGUGUGGAGGAGCCAUCUAACAGAGAUUUUUCCUCAGCAGAGUCACUAGGUGCAGACUGUGUCAUAGUAGAUUUCAGUGGGGAGAUAAUCCAAGCAGAAGACCAAGAGGCCUGUAACAAAGUGGACAAUACAGAACUUCCAAGGGAAGGACACAAUGAGGAAAAGGAAGAUGAGGAUUCAGUGGAAGGUGGUGGUCAAGCUUUUUCCACACCAAAGCGUGAUGAUUCCUUGGAGAAUAUUCUUCCAGUCUUACCAGAAGACCUUGAUGUCCCAGCUCCACUGGGAAAUGGGGAUGAGGCAGAUGAGGAGGAUUCUGAGGAUAGUGAUGAAUCUGAUGAACUUCGUAGCUACAACAUACAGGAGCAGAGUGAUGAGAGUGAUGACGAGUUCCCCGUGGUGCCCGUCAUCGUGAGCGACCGCAGCAGCGCACGGCAUCUACGCAGCCUCCUUAAAAUGCCUUCCAUACUUACGCAGUCCUUCUGCGAUGAACUGGAGAGCAAGAAAAAAGCGGUGUCAUUCUUUGAUGACGUCACUGUGUUUCUGUUUGACCAGGAGAGCCCCACGGGUGAGCUUGGAGACUACAGUUUUCCUGUGGAUGCAGAACCUAACGGCCAGGCUUCAGAGGUGGAGCUACCACAACCCCAUGAUAGGGUCACUGCCCCUGAGGAUUCACUAGGAAGGAAUUUCCCAGAAGAAAGUGGUGAAUGCGAGUGGCAAGAUGAUUUUCCAUUGAUGCCGAGCCCUUCAACAUCAGAACCUGGCUCUGAAGAAAUCACUACUCCCCCCAACUCUCCCAUCAAGUCUCCAGACGAAAAACCAGUACCACCGUUUUCCCGAUUUAGGGUCUCCCGUUUCUCCAUUACGCAAGUGUCUGACUCUGACACGGACUCCAUGGGAGGUAACAGUGAGAACGGAGCCCAGGAGUAAAGGGGUAUGGUUUGAUUUGGUCUGAUCAGACUGUGGGUUCUCAUGUAUCUUUUUGUUGUUUUAAACGUUCUGGGUGAAAGGGUCCUGUCAACCUGAUAUGCUGUUUGGACACAGUGCCUCAUAUCGUAGUGGAUUAGCCAGCCCCUUCCAAGUGUUCCUAGACAGACGAUGGUUGAGCGACAGUCUGUUGAGGAUAACUGUUAUAAGAACAGGAAAAGAGAUCUGUAUAACAGAACAUAUUUAUUAUCUAUGUAUUAAAACAUGAUGUAUGAAGCUUAUAACUUAUUUGCACAAUUCAGUAUCAGUAUCAAGCUGAACUUCUUUUUCCACAUAACUUGUAGGAAACAAUACAGAUACAAGGCUGCUCUCGUUUGCUUGUCAUGCCCCAUAUUGUCAAUACGUGAUUUAGAGUAUGAAAUAUCUGUCAUAGUGCUUUACAUGUUUCAGGUUGACCCAAUGAGCCACAUAAAAUAGGGUGCAGGAUGAGACCACUGAUAAAUGAUAUAUACUGAGCCCCCUAACAUAAGCUGCUCAAAAGUGAUAUUUUCUAUAUUUUAACUACACUUUAGCUCAGGGGUGUUAAGGGUAAGGAACAAAAGUAUUAACCAUCAUGCUUAAAAGUCUUCAUACUGUCGGCUGUUUUGCUUUUUUUUUUUUUUUUAUGCCGAACAACUUUCAUACAAAAACUACCUGCACUUUAAUUAUUUGAACCAAGACAUCUUUUAUACAUCUCUUCUCUUAUAAUCAAGUACAUCUAAAUCAAAAGCUUAUUUAUGUCUUAUUAAAGUGCAGUUAAAUUAUUAAAAGGCUAGCUCAUCUCUGGUUAGAUCUUUAGUUCCCUAGACUUCAAAAUCCAGAAUAUUUUACAUUACAGUACUUGUUCGCUCUAAGAAUGACAGUAUUGAGGCUGAUCAGGUGAUUUUCUUCAACUAGAGGUAGCUUGCAUAUAGGACAGCUUGCAUAUGGGUUAUUCCUGUUCUCCAGCCAUUUGAAAA